GGGGGUGUGGUGUCACGUGGUGCAUUUAAAUCGAUGGAGUUUUGGAUGGGUUGUACAAAGUUUACAGACUCAUCCAACAAAUCAACAUCACCUGAGGACUGAAGCAAGAAUGGACGCAGGUCUCAAGCAGAUGAACGGGGAACUGGAGAGAAAGGGCUCUCUGACCUCAUCCUACCUGGAAGAACCGUUAAACAAAUCAGGAGUGGUGUCCUGCAUCUUCUCUCUGAAAGAGGAGGUUGGCGCUCUUGUAAAAGCUCUGAAACUAUUUGAGGAGAAAGGAAUUAACCUGACCCACAUUGAGUCCCGUCCAUCACGCAAGAACAAAAAAGAAUAUGAGUUCUUCAUCAGUGUGGAUCAAACCUCCUGUAAAGCAAUGGAAGAAGUUGUUCACAGUCUGCGCACACAGAUCAGUGGCCAAGUUCAUGAGUUGUCUCGCAACAAACAGAAAGACACAGUUCCAUGGUUCCCCAAUGUCAUCCAGGACGUGGACCGCUUUGCCAAUCAGAUUCUCAGUUACGGGUCCGAGCUGGAUGCAGACCAUCCUGGCUUUACGGACCCCGUGUACCGUGCCAGGAGGAAGGAAUUUGCUGACAUUGCCUACAACUACAGACAUGGACAGAUUAUUCCACAAAUCGAAUACACGGCUGAAGAGAAGGCCACAUGGGGGAUGGUUUUUCGAGAGCUGAAGACUCUGUACCCCACUCAUGCCUGCCGUGAACACAACCGUGCUUUUCCACUGCUGGAGAAGUACUGCGGGUACCGUGAGGACAACAUCCCGCAGCUAGAGGACAUCUCACGCUACCUGCAGUCAUCCACUGGUUUCCGUCUGCGUCCCGUGGCCGGUCUCCUCUCCUCACGUGACUUCUUAGCUGGUCUCGCCUUCCGAGUGUUUCACUCCACCCAGUACAUUCGCCAUAACUCCAAACCCAUGUACACACCUGAACCGGACAUCUGUCAUGAGCUGCUGGGUCAUGUCCCACUGUUUGCUGACCCAAGUUUUGCCCAGUUCUCACAGGAAAUCGGAAUUGCUUCUUUGGGCGCCCCUGAUGAGUUCAUAGAGAAGCUGGCCACAGUCUACUGGUUCACUGUGGAAUUUGGUCUGUGCAAGCAAGGAAAUGAAGUAAAGGCUUACGGUGCAGGUCUGCUCUCAUCUUUUGGCGAACUGCAGUACUGUUUAACAGACAAGCCCAAACUCCAGCCCUUCGAUCCAGAGAAGACCUCAAUGCAGAAGUAUCCCAUCACAGAGUUCCAGCCAGUUUACUUUGUGGCUGAAAGUUUCGAGGACGCCAAAGAAAAAGUCAGGAAAUUUGCCGCCACCAUUCCCAGACCUUUCACUGUGCACUACAAUCCCUACACACAGAGCAUUGAGGUGCUGGACAACGCUCAGCAGCUGAAGGACCUGGCUGACAGCAUCAGUGGUGAGAUCUCAAUCCUCUGCAAUGCUCUGCGGAAGAUGGAGUGAAACGAUGGGGAGUAAAGAAGAAA